UUCGUUCCUCAAAAGGGUCGUCUUUCCGAAUACUUCAAGGCUGUUUCUGCCUAAGAAUAAAAUGAUUUUAGCAUUUAUCUUUUAAGGAAUGGAAAAAUAGGAGUAUUUCAAGUAUGAUAAAAGGAGAAUUGUGCCUGAAAGGAGAGUGGGGUUUUCUUUCUUCAUUAUUGUUACUUCCAUAUGCCAUCAUUAUUUUUUAUUAAUAUCACGCGCUAUGCAAUACUUAUUUUAAGCUUAUUUUGUCUCGGCUGUCAUUUCACACAAUGCUUCUUACUUUCAAAAUACCAACAAAAAACGCAUAUCCCAGGAUGGUUAAAUGCAGGACACUGGCAGUAUUUAAAUUGGUACAUUACAUUGUGUAUAUCUAUGCUAAGUUCCUUUGCAAUCUGUACACAUGCAACCUGUUGUCGACGUGGUCAUAUCUUACGAGGCGAUAAAUGUCUAAGUAUAGUCAAUGCUAUACUGUUAAUCGCUACUGUCCUAGCAACAACCCUUCUUAGUGGGCAGGAGCCUUGGACGAAUGGUAUUGUCGAAUUCAAAAGACCCGCUAGAGGGUUGAUCACUUAUUGCUCAACGUUAAAUCAACAGACAGAUGCGACAUAUCCCAUUCUGUAUCAAAGAUGUAUAUUAUGGGAUGGAGUAUGGUUAGGUACGAUUGUCUUAUGUGUAGCAUGGAUUCUGUUAGGACUAUGUGCUACUUUAAUGAAACCGAGUAAAAGAGAGGAUGCUCAGUUGCAUUACCACUGGCCAAAUCCGCAGCCACAGAUGUACUAUCCGCAUCAUCAACAAUAUCAGCAACAAUAUCAACACCCACAGCUAGUACAAGCUUUAGACUCAACUCUGAAUCAAAAGAAUACCUGUCAGAACUCAAAAGAUCCUUGGUAGAUUUCCUUUAGUCUGUCAGCCUAAAAAUAA